AUGAUGAAAAUAUUGUCAGUGUUGCUCGCAUAUUCAGGGCUUUCGUUAGCCUUGUCUGAUAAAUUUGAUCCUCAACAACUGAGCUGUCAUGUACCAAAGCAUGACUACAAGCCUCGAAGGACGUACCCACGACCUCAUGAAUAUAUAGAUUUAUUAUCAUUACCACGAGAAUGGGACUGGAGAAAUAUAAAUGGUACUAAUUAUUGUAGUCCAACUAGAAAUCAACAUAUUCCAGUAUUCUGUGGAGCCUGUUGGUCGAUGGCAACAACAAGUGCAUUAGCUGACCGCAUAAACAUCAAAAGGAAAGCAGCCUGGCCUUCAGCCUAUUUAUCACCACAGCAUGUUAUAGAUUGUGGACAGUCGGGUACCUGUUUCGGUGGGGAUCAUAGAGCUGUCUAUGCUUAUGCAAAUCAACAUGGUAUACCUGAUGAAACCUGCAACAAUUAUCAAGCUACUACACAAGAGUGUGAUCCAUUCAACGCUUGUGGAACUUGUACAACAUUUGGAGAAUGCGAAACUCUCCAGAACUAUACUUUAUGGAAAGUAGCAGACCAUGGUGAAGUAAAGGGUCGUUUGAACAUUAUGGCUGAAAUUUACAAGAAUGGACCGAUAAGUUGUGGUAUUGACGCUACAGUGAAAGUACAUGAUUACCAUGGUGGAGUUAUAUCACAGAGAACACCUUUUAAUUUUAUUAAUCACGUGAUAUCUAUAGCAGGAUGGGGUGUGGAUCCGGUAGCUGGUGAAUAUUGGAUUGUCAGAAAUUCCUGGGGAGAGCCGUGGGGUGUAAAUGGAUGGUUUAAAAUUGUAACCAGUGCUGCUCAUAAUGGCGAAGGUGCUAAAUAUAACCUUGGAAUUGAAAAUUCUUGUGCCUUUGGUGAUGUUAUUGUAUGA